AUGUCCCAAAAUAUUGACCCAUUUAAUUUAAUGGAAAAGUCAGUCAGUGAAUCGAUUAUAAAUAUUAAUAAAAUUUAUAAUAAAUGGUAUUCAUUAUUAAAUGAAACUAAUACAUUUUCAAACAAAAAAUUUAAAUUUUAUACUAAAGAAAUCAAUAGAAUGAUAAAUGAUAUAGAAAUUGAUUUAAAUGAUAUUUCAAAUUCAAUGAAAAUUAUUGAAAAUAAUAAUAAUAAAAAUGAAAAAUUUAAAAAUAUACCAAAACAAGAAAUUCAAAGAAGGAAUGAAUUUUUAAAGGAAUCAAAAAAUGAAAUUAAUAAUAUUAAAAUAAAAUUAUCAAAUGAAGAAGUAAUUAAAAAAAUAAAUAGUGAUAAAUUAAAAAAUCAAGAAUUUAAUAAUUAUAAUAAAAGUAAUAAUUAUACCAAUUAUAUAAAACAUCAAAAUGAAAUUAAAGAUACAGAAUUUUUAAAUGAGCAAAUUGAAUAUAAAAAAUCAUUAAUGGAUAAACAAGAUAAAGAAUUAGAUUAUUUAUUAGGUGAUGUUAAAACAAUUCACGAAAUUAGCCUUGAAAUUCAAAAAGAAUUGGAAAUUCAAAAUAAAAUAUUAGGAAAUCUAAAUGAUAGAGCAGAUCAAUCCCUUUUUUCAAUUAAUAGCGUUAUGAGACAAUUAGAUAGAUUCAAAGAAAGUUGGUUUAAAUAA